GAUGUUAUCACCACUUUUUAUAUGAUAAAUGUGAUUAAUCACUAAAUAAUAGAAAUAAAAAUCAUCAGUGCAGCAGCUCAGAAGCAGCUUUGGUCUGAUUUUAACAAUAUUUUUACAAAAACAAUCAAGAAAAUCUCUGUUUCAUGUUUGAUGUUUAUUUUCUGCUAGAAAAUGCGAUAAAAUGUGAUGAUUAUUUUUCUAACAUGUGCUUCAUCUACAGCUCCUCACCCACAUUUAAUUCAUGCAAAAUAACAAAUAAUACACAAAGAAAUAAAGUAGAGAGAGAGGGAGGGAGAGGGUGAGGGAGGCGCUCCCUGGAAGCUGAUUGGCCACUUGACAGGCGCUGUUGAUUCAGGCUGAGAGAUAAGAUAACGGCCAUAUAAAAUGACAGGAGAUGCGCAUCCAUCCCUCACUGUCUGCUGCCUCCACGAUUAACGACGGCCACGCUUCAUCCGAGCUUCACCUGGCACGACUACACAGGUAAGAGUAAAUAUUUACAUCCGCCGGAAGUUAUUGAACCUCCUCACGUGGAUUUUACAAACAGCAGCGCCGCUUUUUAUUUUUAUUUUUUAUCAUUUAAAUGAUUUAAAAAGGUAAAAAGCUGCACUGGAAACAGGUGAACUCACCUGAGCAGUAUGCUACGUUUGAGGAAAUCUGACUUUCAGACUCUGGACACAGGUUUGAUUCAAUGACUCAUUAACAGAUGUUUUUGUUUUAUUGCUAAACUUUGUGAAAUAUUAGGAAAAGCUCUGAUCAAUAAUCCUUCUACCUGCUCAGGAUGUCUCCUUUGGUGCGGUGUGAACCCGAUGACCUGCGCGCAUCCAGAGACUCAGCGACGCUCCGCAGCCCCGUGAACGCACCAGGCGACGCUUAUCUUCGUAAACUGCCGGCUGUGUUCGGAGGAGACGCGUCCCCGCCGAGCCGCAGCCCCAGGAAGUGCGAGAGGUCCGGGCCGCGGGGGAGGCGCAGGAUGAAGGCGAACGACCGGGAGCGUCACCGGAUGCACAACCUGAACUCGGCUCUGGACGUGCUGCGGAGCAUCCUGCCGGCGCUGCCCGACGACGCCAAACUCACCAAGAUCGAGACGCUGCGGUUUGCGCACAACUACAUCUGGGCUCUGACCGAGACCCUGCGCAUGGCGGACGGACACGGACACGCGGCGGCGGCAGAGCUGGACCUGGGGAGUCCGUCCAGUGUCUCAUCCGCGGAGUCCGGUUACCUGACCUCAGCCGAGUUCGACCCGAGAAACUCUUACACACCUGUGAAUGAAAUGAGCUGUAAACCUGUUCGAACAGGUGAAUCCAACACGUUUCCUGUCACCUUUUAUUUCACAUCUCUAUGUGGUGAGAAUCAUCUCAUCAACACGUGGCACUACUGAUGUUUAUUUGUCCAUUUUUACAUUUUAACAACACAAACUUAAAGGUGGCGAUUGAUUAACGACGUCACAGCAGGUGUUUCAUCUGUUGUGACGCAAGAAAUGAGCCCAAACCAAAGCAGGGAAGCAGCGUUUUCUACCUGUUUCAUUCUUUGUUUACGUGUAUUUAAAAGAGGAGCAGGACAAGACAACAGGUUUAAGCUAAAAUAUUCAUUAAUGGAUUGAAAUGUGUUUCUGA